UGAUGGAGAUAGUGCCCGAGGUGGAAGGCGGUGCCUUCACACUAUACGAGAUGUGGUCCCCUGGGGGUAGCGUGGGCCUCAAGAGUGGUCUGGCGGGCAUCUGGACAUCAAAUUCUGAUUUCCAAGGGAGGACAGCGAGUUAUCCCUGGACACUAGCCACGGCCAGGCUCAGGCUGUACCCGCAAGCCUUGUAUGAGCGUCGUAGCGACCUCACCGGCGUUCAUUUUAUCGUCACUUCCAUCAAUGACACAAGAGCACAAAAGUCUCACUUCGACAAGACGCUGGGCCGCGAAGUCCUGACUGGUUACUUUGGAGAUGUAUGGGAAUUAUUCAAGACGGAAAUGAACUUCACGUAUUCAGUGACCACGCCAUCAGACGGUGAGUUCGGCUCCCUCACCAAGGGACGCUGGACGGGGCUGAUAGGAGACGUGUUAAGUGGCCAGGCGCACGUUAUCGUGGCGCAGCUUUCCCAGACCUACAGCAGAGCACAAGUCAUCGAUUAUUCUUCAGUACUCAUCAAAUUUAGCUACCGGAUCUUCGCUAGGCCACAAGCAAGGUCGGCAGUGUCCUGGUCCUCUUACACAAGACCUUUCUCCCAGAGUCUAUGGAUAGGGCUGGGCCUCACCAUAGUCAUCUUGGGUGUGAUAUUCUGCUGCAUAGCCCACUGGUACUUGCAUCAGGAGAUGCAAAACACAAAGGUAUUGACGGAAAGAAGGAUUGACUGGCUGACCAAUAACGGAGAAGUCAUGAAGUAUAGACUGUGGAAAAAGGACUCUUUUCUACUGAUGUGGGCCGCCUUCACACAGCAAGGAUGGCCAGACCCCCCAGAGCCAGACAGCUUACAUAUUCUCUUCUGGAUCGUAUACAUGAUGGGAGUUGUGGUCGUGGCAGCAUACUCUGCCACCCUGGUAUCCUUCCUUACUGUAAUAGAUGAAGGUCUUCCUUUUGAAUCCUUGACAGACCUAAAGCAAUUACGAACUUAUCGUUUAGGAAUCCUUAAGGGUUCAGUGUUAGAGGAGUUGUUUCAGAGUCAAGGCUUUCAAGAGUACUGGAAUGCACUCAUUGAGCCAUAUUCUGACACCCUAGCUACUUCUUACGAUGAGCUGCGAUCACUAGCCAGCAGAGACCCAGACUUUGCCUAUGUGGGAUCUUAUGAAAUACAAAAACUGGAUCCUGUAGGAGCCUGCAUUUUCCAUUCUGCCCGUCAACAUCUACUCUUCAAUGAUGGCGCUCUUGGAUGGCCAAAGGGUUCACCCUAUACAGGAAUUUUUGAUUUCCAUAUCAUCAGAUUGAGGGAGUCAGGAGUUCUUCAUAAGCUAUCCAGGAAAUGGUACCCUGAGGCCUAUAGCUGUGUUAAUUCACCAGUGAUGCCUCUGGGGUUUCAGCAGGUUUUUACAGCAUUUGUGGCCCUGGGUUUAGGUGCUGGUCUGAGCAUUUUGUUCUUGAGUGGAGAGAAAAUGUUCUUUCAAAAAACUGCGUAUAAUGACAGAAGUCAGGUGCGUAAAGAGAAACUGCCACAACUGUUACUCAAAGUAUGAUGAUUUGUUUUGUUUUUGUUGCAUUACAACUUUCUCAGUAGUAAUUAUAUAAUCCUACAUAAAUUUACUUUAUAUAGUAUAAGUAUAAUCAUUAAUCGUGAUUCUAAUGAUUUGUCUUUUUUCCAUUCAGUCAAGCACAUCUCAGGUGACCAAGAUUAAGAGUUCAGGUUUUGCAUCCUGACAUCGGUAAGUUGUUCAUGCCACCAUUGUCAUGACUACAUCAUGCACCUCUUUGGAGCAUUAUAGGUGAGAUAAGAUCAAUCAAGAGAAGCAUCUUUAUCAAGGAUGGCAAUCCUGACCACUACAUGCUAAUCACAUGUAGCAUAUUACAGAGACCAUAAUGACUGCCAAGUCCUUGAAUUUUUUCUUAUCUUCUUGUCACUUUUGCCUUCAUUUAAAGUUAAUUUCUGGUGUUUUAGUCAUUACCCAUACCUAUAACAAGCUCUCUUCCAUCUCCUUUUGGUAACAUAGCUGAGAACAUUCUCUUGAAAAUAAUAUUAAUUUAUGCUUGAUGCCUCAUCAGCACUGACUUAAAAGCCACAACAAGCAAAAUGGAAUCUUUGCCACUUGCCACCACUAACAUGCCCCAUCAGAAGCAUCACUGAUUUAGGCAUGAUAUGCUCAACCAUGAGAGGUGAAAUUGACAAGAAAUGAAUCCCUGUCAAGUGUAAAAGAAAAAAAAAAAAAAGGCUAUUCAAUUUAUAGAGACCAUCAACCUAAUAUACUACUUUAUGAUAACAUUACAUACUACAUCUUCCAAUCAUUUUCUCAUCUCUCGACUAUUCAAUCACUGCACAAUAAUAUACUUAGGUGUUAAUAAGACUCAAAAUCAAUAAAUGUGGUAACAUUAAGAGAAAUGAUUUCAUAACAUGUAGGCCUUCUGUGGCAUAAUGCAAUAACCAGCAUUGUUUAUUAAUGUAGAUGAGAAAAAUACAUCAUAAUUCAUGAAGAAGUAGUAAAGAUAGAAAAAUACUUGGUCAUAAGAAAUACAUAUACAUGUGCAAAUAGAUAGAGCUCUGAAAAUGCAUACUAA